AUGUACGCGCCUCAGCCUCCGAUCCUCAUCACCGGCGGCGCGCUCGAAACUCGUGGGACGCUCACCGUCAAAGAGGGGCCGAGUUCUGUCCAACUCAUCAUCACCAUCUUCGUCGCGCUCACAGUGAUAAGGGUCACCAACGCGGGCAACUGGUUCCACUACGGGCACGUGGAGAUCACCACCACAGUGUUCAUUGCAGUCGCCGUUCAGGGCGGAACCUGGAAUCAGUUUGGCUCUUCCCGCAUCACGACCGGUAGCGGCCGCGUUUGCAACAGCGGGUUUGGCCUCGACCUGGAUUCAGUCCGGGAGGACCGAGCUGGUCGCCUCGGGGCUCGGCACGCCGACCGUGAGCGCCACAGGCCGGAACUCAUCGGGUACGAGGACGCCUCUCCUGCGCUAUGA